ACAUAAAAAAAAAUUAUAAAACCCCUAAUUCAUGAACCAAUCCUUCCUGUAACCUGUUCCUGAUGUAAUUCUCUUCCAAUUUGAUGCAGUCCAAAUUUUGCCCUAAUUAAUCAGCAGUUUUAUUAUUAUUGCAAUGGGAAUCGGAAAGCUGAUCGUUGUAUGUCAAUCCGGCGGAAAGUUCACCAUCAACGCUGACGGAACACUAUCCUACUCUGGCGGCGAUGCCCACGCCACCAGUCUCACCGUCGAUACUAAAUUUGGUGAUUUCAAGUCUGAGAUUGCUGAUAUGUGGAAGUAUGACCAUGACUCUCUCACCAUUAAGUACUUACUCCCCAACAUAAGCGCACCCUUAUAACCAUUUCCACUAACAGAGACAUUCAGCGCUUCCUUGAGUUCCAUGAAGAUUCUGCUUCUGCUGAUGUUUAUGUCCUCACUCCCUCGCCUCCUGCUCCUAGCGAUGCCACCUCCAUGCCUUGUAGCAGGUUCAGUCAUACAACGCCCAAUGUAUCUGUUUCUCCUGUUGAUGCUCCAACUGAUUUUGCCACCGAUGAACCUAUAUAUCCUCCCGAUGCUCCUAUGGAUUUGCUUCCUGACGCAGAAGACACCAAGAAGCAGAAACACCUCGGAUUUCAUCGUGGAAGAGUUGCAUUACAGGAGUAGGUCAGAGUUUUAAUACUCGGCGUGAACUUCACGAUGCUUUGGACAAGUUUUCUUUAGCACACGGUUUCCAUUACAGUCUUAAAAACAGCGGUGGAAGGCGUUUUCGGGCGAGGUGUAAAGCUGAAGGGUGUCCUUGGUUCAUUGUUGCGCCAAAAUUGACUAACACCAAUUUGUUCAGGAUUAAAAAGAUGAAUGACACCCAUACCUGUGGUGUGGGAUCGAUACGAACAAGUGCCUCGAAGAAAUUGGUUGCGAGUAUUGUAAAGGAAAAGUUACGAGAUACCCUGACUUAUAAGCCACAAGAAAUCAUCGACGAUAUUCGACUGGAUUUGGGGAUCGAGCUAAAUUAUGCACAGGCCUACAGGGGGAUAGCUGCUGCACUAGAGGAAGUUCAAGGUUCACAUAGAAAGGCUUAUAAUCAGUUGCCUUUGCUGUGUGGGAAAAUAUUGGAAACAAAUCCUGGCAGUGCUGCCAUUCUCAACACCAAAGAAGACUCGAGUUUUCAACGAAUAUUCGUCGCUUUCCAUGCAUCACUCUAUGGAUUCUGGAAUGGUUGCCGCCCUCUACUUUUUCUUGGCUACACAUCUUUGAAGUCGAAAUAUGGGGGAGAACUGUUUACUGCCACUGCUUUGGAUGGAAAUGAUGGUAUUUUUCUAGUAGCUUUUGCCAUAGUAGAUGUAUUGAGUGAUGAUAAUUGGCAUUGGUUUCUGCAGCAGCUGAAGACUGUGCUCUCUAUUUCUCAUGAGAUAACAUUCGUCACAGAUAUGAAAAAGGCGAUGAGUGAAUCCCUCGGGUCUGUGUUUCCGAAUUGUUUCUAUGGUUAUUGCCUGCAUCGGCUAACAGAAAGCCUGAAAAAGAAAUUUAAGGGAUCAUUAACUCUAGAGGUUGUUCGUGUGCUAAUUUCUGAAUUCCAUAAAGCCGCCCACGCACCAACUGCCGAAGAGUUCAAGAAGUGCAUUGAGACGAUAAAAAAUAUAUCACCCGAGGCUUACGAGUGGGUCCUGCAAACUGAACCUGAGCACUGGGCAAAUGCAUUUUUUAAGGGGGCUAGGUACAAUCAUCUUAAAUCUAGUGUUACAGAAUCAUUUUGUGAUUGGGUUUCUGAUUUACCUGCAAUGCCAAUCACACAAGUGAUCGAAACGAUACGCCGUAAAAUGAUGGAGUUCAUCUAUACACGGAAGAUGGAUUCAGAUCAGUGGUCAACAAAGCUUGCCCCCUCUUCAGAGGAAAACCUCCGACGAAGCCUUGUCGAUUCACGUUCUCUUGAAGUAGUACUUUCACCCGGCAGUUGUUUCAAGGUUCGUGAUACUUUGGACAUAAUGAACGUCGUCAGCCUCGAAAAUUGGGAGUGUAGUUGCAGGGAAUGGCAGAUAAACGGCCUACCGUGUUUACAUGCCGCGGCAGCGAUCGAGCAUGUAGGCAAGGAUGUGUAUGAUUAUUGCUACAGAUACUUUACGACCGAGGCUUUUAAAAUUACAUAUUCCGAAUCCAUAAACCCGGUUCCAUCCUUAGACGGGUGUACACAACGGGAAUCGUCGGAAGUGCUUGUACAUCCCCCUUGCAUAGCCCGUCCGGUGGGGCGGCCAAAGGAAAGAAAAUACGCACUUAUAUCCGAGCAAGCUGUUAAGAGAUCACUUCAGUGCAGCAAGUGCAAAAAGCUUGGGCACAACAAAAGGAAAUGCAAGCAAUCUUCUUAGGUGUAAAAGUAGUAAUUUAUUGUGUGUAGUUUUUGUACAAGUUAAUCCAUGGAAUCCAAAUAUAACCAGGCAUUUGUGAGCACCUG